CUGCCUUCAAUAAAAUCUGAUUCCCUCCUCCCCUCUCAUCGUUGCGAAACUAACGUCACAAGACAAUCAGGAUGUGAAAGAGCCAUUCAUUAGCGAGCAUUUCUUCUUCCUACCCAGUGCCUGGCUCAGUGUGCGGGUGGGCGGGGCUUAAGCCCGGUAAAACCUGUGACUAGUUGGAGUAGGCGUGGCUGAAGCCCGGUCACACCAGAAGAGCCGGCAUACGUUAGCUAACUGUGUGUAGCAUGCCAGCUGUCCCGUGACAGACUCACUUCCGUGGCGAAUAAGUGGGAAGACCUGUAUGUUCCUGGUGUGGCACCGGGUUCCUUUUGCCCCAGGGCAGUCUGUGCGCCCGGCUGCGUGAUGGCUGAGGAUGUGAGCAGCGGGGAACAGACAGAGGACCAAGCUGGGCAGCCGCUUCUUAAUGGGGAGAUAAUAGCCUCGAACGGGGAUAAGUGCCAAUUUCGGACCUACAAGCGAAGAUGGUUUGUUCUGGGCGUAAUAUGCCUGCUGAGCUGUACCAAUGCCAUGCUGUGGAUCAGUUUUGCCCCAGUGGCUGAUGUGACGGCAAGUUUCUUCAAGUGUAGCCUUGACGUUGUCAACUAUCUGUCUCUUGUGUACCUCAUUAUUGCAAUUCCAGUGGGAUUUGGAGCAUCGUGGCUGAUAGAUACUCUUGGACUAAAAUAUGCUAUAGUCUUUAGCUCUUGGCUUAACAUGAUUGGAAGCAUCAUACGUUGUGGUGCUAUUGUACCUUACCUCAAUCCCUCUGGCUCAUACACUGGGAUAUAUUACCUUUUUACUGGACAAAGCCUGUGUGCUAUAGCACAGCCACUUGUCUUAUUUGUACCUGCUAAGCUUGCAUCUGUGUGGUUCCCUGAACAUCAACGUGCAACAGCUAAUAUGAUCGCCUCUAUGUCCAAUCCUUUGGGUGUGCUUCUAGCCAAUAUUAUUUCCCCUUCAGUUGUAACCAAAGAGGAGUAUAUUGCACACAUGCUUGGAAUCUAUACUGUUCCUGCUAUAGCUGCUUGCAUUCUUGCAACUGCUGGGAUUCGUGCGAAAUCUCCUCCAACUCCACCAUCAGCAAGUGCCUUUAACUCGGCUUCUGAGCCCUUCAUAGCCGGUAUAAGACAGCUCCUGACAAAUAGAGCUUACGUCAUCCUAAUGCUGUGUUUCGGGGCAGGAAUUGGAAUAUUCACAGCAAUUUCUUCUUUUCUGGAGCAGAUUUUGUGCUUUAGGGGCUAUUCAAAUCUUUUUGCAGGUGUGUGUGGAGCCCUGUUUAUUUUCUUUGGGUUCAUUGGUGCAUUUGUUUGUGGACUUUAUGUUGACAGGACGAAAAAAUUCAAGGAAGUUGUCAAGACCUGCUUUGCAUUAACCGCGCUGACAAGUAUUGCAUUUGCACUGGUGAUUAACUUCCGUGAGCAAACAGUUUUGGUGGCGUGCGUAUGCUCUUUGUUGGGAUUGUUCGGGUUUGCAAUCUCUCCAGUUGGAAUGGAACUAGCUGUGGAAUGUUCCUACCCAGUCGGAGAAGGAAGCUCAACGGGUUUGGCCUUCAUCUCUGGCCAAAUUCAGGGAAUAAUCUACAUGAUACUCUUUCAAAAACUCACCAGGCCAUUUGCAACGUCUGGACCUUCUCCCUGCGGAAUGAAUCAGACUGAAAUAUAUGACUGGUCAACUUCCAUGUUAGUGAUGGCUGCUUUGUGCAGCUUUGGUUCCUGCAUAUUUAUUAUCUUCUUUCAUACAAAGUACAAGCGACUCCUUGCAGAAGUGAAUUUUAAUGGAUUAAAAGAAGAAUUGAACACACAUGAAACAUAACAUGCCAAAGCCAUGCUAGUGUCAUAAAGCCACCUCACACUGGAUACCUAAGGACUUGAAGACUGAUUUAAGUGUUGCAUAUGAAAUGCUAUGAAAGAAUUACAAGUAUUCCCUCAGUAAUGAACUACCCUAAAUAGCCCUUCCUUGAGCUCUAUGAGUUACACUGAAGGCAACCACAUGUACUGUAUAUACUAUUCUACAUACUAGAAACUUUUAAAACUUUUUUGCUAAUUAAAAUGUUCUCUUAAAAACGUUCUUUUAAUUAUUUUUUUUAAUUACAAAUGUUCAUUGACUUGACAGUUAAUCGUAAAUGAAAAUUGUUUUUGUAAUCUGGCAAACUGAGAAGACAGUAGAACCCAGCAGACAGAUACCCAGCAACAGUUCAAUUGCAGUGUAUCAGAACCACAGUGCCUUGCUUGCCUCUCCUUUUGUAGGCAUGAUAAACGCAGCACAUGCAAGGCAUUGUGGGAACUGGAGUGUUGGCUGACGGAGAGCUGACUACUGACACAGUGUUGCAAUGGCACAUAUAGUCAUAUGGACUGUGUACAUGUUCAUGGCAACUGACAAGCUAAUUAUUUGUAUUUACUGAAUUGUAAUUAAAAUAUUUUUACAUUCCCAAUA